UGACCAGCAGUCCCGGGCAGGCUACCAGUUGCUUGGCUUUUUUUUAAUGAUCAACAAUGUUCCUGAAGUGUUCUUUACGUACCUUUUGUAUGCUCACUGCCUUCUUCAGUGACGCCUGGAGCCAUGAGACGCCUACUGAGCCUCCAGAGCCAAACUCCUCAAAGGACCUUUAUGCAGCCAUAGGUUCAUCUGUGGAGCUGACCUGUAGAGAUGGAACAUCUGAAGGUUUGGAAUGGAGACAAAAUGGAUCGAUAUUGGUGUCUGGCCCCGUUCUACACCUACAGAACACUAGUCUGAAAGAUGAGGGCAUCUACACAUGCUACAGCGCUAACGGAGAUCCUGUUAAAACAGUUCACCUGAAGCUGGGCUAUGCUCCUUCUCCUCCAGAAGUGAAGUGUUGGGCUCCUAGUUAUCCACUGAAUGCUCUGUGUUCCUGGACUCAGUCACCAGACCCUAUACUGCCAACUCAUUACAUCACCACCUACUGGCAUGUAGAUGACCAACAAGCUCCAUCUGUCCGUUCUUGCCAGAGACUGAGAGAACAGGACAGACAAUGUGUGCUAGAAGAUGAAGAACUCUUCUCACUGAUCCCGUACCUGGUUAACAUCACAGCUGUGAACUCCCUGGGCAGUGCCACCACUAUCCUGCCUGUGUUGCCUGAUCGCAUUGUGAAGCCGGAUCCUCCAGUUAAUGUGAAGGCCACAGCUCUGCCAGGCAACAAGGUCCAUGUGCAGUGGUCUCCCCCACCAACCUGGCCGGACCCGGAGAACUUCAGCCUCAAAUACAACGUGCACUUCUACUGGGGCACGGCUAACUUAGCUAGCACCAUGGGUCCCUAUGAGAUGGACAGCAUGGUUUGGAGUGGGCUGGUGGCGGGACGGACCUACCGGAUCCGUGUGUCUGCCAUGGACGCCAUGGGUUACGGUCAGAGCAGUGAGUGGAGUGACCCUGUGACCAUUACUCUAACCAAAAGCUGAGGUCAGGCACAUAAAAACUGUGUUUUUGGGAGCUGGAUUAUAUGAAAACAUGAGUGAAAAGAGUCAAUGAUAAAUAAAAAAUAAUCAAAUUUAUAAAAAGGCUGUUUGUAAAGGCUGUUCCAUUAUUCUAAGACAUUGUAGAACAUUAAAAACAUUACGUUAACAGAGCAUAAGGUGGUACAGAUACAAGUGUCCUAGGUUGCUGCUAGGGUGUUGCUAGGUGGUCGAUAUAACAUUGUCAGUAUGCUAUCUCUGUUUUUGCUGUGUUACACCAGGUUGCUGUAAGGUUGUUGCUACGGUAUCCCAGAUUGCUACUAUGGUGUUGCUGCUGUGGUGUUGUACAUGAAUGCAGUAUAACAUGCAUAAAACAAAAGAAUUGUCUGAUUGAAAAUACAGAAAUCAGUUUAUUAUUAAUUUGUUCACAUAACAAAAGUUAAAAUUAAAUGUUGUUAGUGGAAAAUGCAAAA